AUGCCGAACCUGCAGUCCUUGUCGCCUGUGACCAUCACACCGACUCGAAUCUCCAGGUCCUCAGAACCGCUGGCGCUCUUGGAAAAAAUCGAUCACGUUGAGAUCAACCGCACCACUGUGCGCGGCGGUGUCGUGUACUACGUGUUGGAUGUGUAUCUUGAGCAUAACACGUCUCGCAUCCCGACCAACAAGAACACGUCCACAGGUCGACCCGACUACCAGUUGCUGCGCCGUUUCAAUGACUUUGCCAAUGUCCGCUAUCAGGUGUGGGCGUAUGCGCAGCGCAAGCAUCAGGACGGAUGCGCCUGCAAGUACUGUGACGCGUUCAUGAGCUACGUCGUGCAUUCCAUGUCCCAGCCGCGGUUGUUCGUCAAGCUGGCCACAGGUGUGGACACGCGCAAGAAACUGAUGGCGAGAUUCUGCAAUGAGUUCCUCUGUAUGACCGUCGGUGGCAAGACCGAGCCCAGACCUCGCAACAUUUCGUGUGACGGUUUCCAAGCCAUCCCGUACGUAAUGGAGCGCUUCUUCCGCAAUGAGUCAUAG